GUGAGCCCGGAUUCCUUUCCAGGCUGAGCCACUGCUGCUCCCCAGCGGGGUCUAUGCGGGGAGAGCCCUUCCCUAGCGCCCCUCUGUGCCCAGCCGGGGGGACUUUCUCCGGGGGCUGGAACCAGCCCCGGGCUCUGCUGACACCAGCCCCUGAGCCGGAGCCUGCAGGUGAGGGGAGAGACCCGGGGAAAGGGCUGGGGCCGGGCAGGAAAGUGACUCUGCACCAACGGCCCCUCCUCUGCUCCCGGGGGUCUGAGCUGCUGCCCUCCCUGACCCCCAGGCUCCCCCCCAACCCCGGUACCUGGCGCAGGAUUGAAGUGGUGCCAGGCGUCCUGCUGCCCCCUGCCCUGGGGUGAAUUUCAUCCGGAGGCAUUGGAGCUGCUGAGCUAAUUACCAGCCACCUCACUGCCAGUCUAGUACCGAAUUGCGGCUCAGCUGUACUGGUCCCCGGUGUCCGCCCUCCCCGGCGCUCAGGGAGUGCUCAGUGCUUCUGAAAGCAUUGGUCAUAAUAUUCUGCUGGAAUCUGCUGAGUGCUGUACACACACAGAGAAAUACAUGGUCCCUGCUUUGAAAAGCCUUAUCAUCCAAUUAAAAAAUAGAAGCAACACCAUGUGACUUGUGUGCUCUAAGAGAUGACAGCGCUGUGAGGGAGCACAAGGAAGUGAAUAUUUCUCCGCUGGCCCAGGGGUUGAGUGCAAGUAGCCACCCAAAAUGUCACCCAAAAAGUCCAAAGGGAAUGUGGCCAAGACCCUGGAGAAGAAGAAGCCCAAGAACAAGCGUAAGUUGGAGAAGCCAAAGCGCAGCCCCCCAGAGGAGGAGACCCUGGUCUACCAGCCACUGCCCAAGGGUGACAGGCCCAACCUGUGCUCCGAGUGUGGGAAGAGCUUCCUGCACAGCUCGGAUCUGGUGAACCACCAGCGCAUCCACACGGGUGACAAGCCUUUCAUCUGCACUGACUGUGGCAAGAGCUUCCGGCAGAGCUCCACACUCAUCACCCACCAGCGCAUCCAUACCGGUGAGACCCCCUAUGAGUGCAGCUACUGUGGGAAGAGCUUCCGCGUCAGCUCCAACUUCGUGCGGCACCAGCGCAUCCACACGGGCGAGAAGCCCUACAAGUGCCCCAUCUGCGGGAAGAGCUUCACAGACAAGUCGACUCUGACCCAGCACCAGCGCACCCACACCGGCGAGAAGCCGUACAAAUGUGCUGACUGUGGGAAGAGCUUCAGCCGCAGCUCACACCGCAAGCGGCACCUGCGGAACCCGCCCGCCAAAGGCCGGGGCAAGUGCUCCCACCGGAGCGGGGAAGCCACUGUGGCCAAGGCCAAGGAGAUCAAGGUCAAGAAGCGGACGCCGACCAUCGAGAUUCCCAACACGUGCGCUGAGUGCUGGCAGAGCUUCAGCCAGAACUCGGACCUGGUCAAACACAUGCGGAUCCACACGGGAGAGAAACCCUUCAAAUGCACCCACUGUGGAAAGCGCUUCAGCGUCAGCUCCAACCUGACCCGGCACCAGCGCAUCCACACCGGGGAGAAACCCUACAAGUGCCCCGAUUGCGGGAAGAGCUUCACUGACAAAUCCACCCUGACCCAGCACCAGCGCAUCCACACGGGCGAGAAGCCCUACAUCUGCAUCUACUGUGGGAAGAGCUUCAGCCGCAGCUCCCACCACAAGAGACAUGAGAGAACCCACUCUGGCGAGAAUCCUGACACCUUCCUGCCCUUGUGGCACUACCCCAGCCAGAACUUCUAGAGUUGCCAACCCCUCUGGCAGGGCCCCAGAGACAGGGGUGGGGUGGGGAGGGCUGUAUGAUUGGCUGGGUUAUGGGGACAGGGGAGGGAGCGGACUGGCUUGCUUGUCGGGGUGCAGCUGGCUCGUAGGAGAACUGAUUGUUCAGGACCCUGGGGACAUGGAAAUUUGGUGGCUUAAGAAAGAGGUGUGUGUGUGCGCAUCUGUGACUGUGUGUUUUGUGUAUGUGCUUCAUGUGUGCUUUAUAGAAUCAUAACAAUGUAGGGUUGGAAGGGAUCUCAAGAGGCCAUCUAGUCUAUCUCCCUGUGCUGAGGCCUAGACCAUCCCUGACAGGUGUUUGUCUGACCUCUUCUUUAAAACUUCCAUUGACGGGAACUCCACAGUCUCUUAGUAACCCGUUCCAGUGCUGAACUAGCCUUAUAGUUACAAAGUUUUUCCUAAUAUCGGACCUAAAUCUCCAUUGCUGCAAACAGCCUAUUCUUAUCCCACCUGCAGAGGGCAUGGAGAACAAUGGAUGGCCUUCCUCUUUAAAACAGCUAUUAACAUAUUUGAAGACUUAUCAGGUUCCCCCUUGGUCCUCUGAUCUCUGGGUUAAACAUGCCCAGUUCUUGCAACCUAUCUUCACAGGCUAAGUUUUCUAAUCCUCUUACCACUUUUGUUGCUCUCCUCUCGACUCUCUCCAAUUUGAUCACCUCCUUUUCAAAGUGUGGUACCCAAAACUGGACACAGUAUUCCAGCUGAGGCCUCACCAGUGCCGAAUAAAGAAGGACAAACACCUCCUCUGUCUUUGGCAUGAUCCUUCUAUUAAUACAUCCCAGAGUGAAAUUUCCUUUUUUUUUCAACUGCAUCACGUUGACUCUUAUUCAAUUUGUGAUCCAGCCUGAGCUCCAGAUCUUUUCUUGCUGUAUAGUUGCCUAGACAGUUAUUCCUCAUUUUGUCUUUGUGCAUUUCAUUUUUUUCUUCCUAAGUGUAGUUCUUUGCACUUGUUUUUAUUGAGUUUCAUCUUAUUGAUUUUGGACCAAGUCUCGAAUUUGUCAAGGUCAUUUGAAGUCUAAUUCUGUCCUCCGUAGUGCUUGCAACCCCUCCCAGCUUGGUGUCAUCCAUAGAUUUUAUAAGUCAUCAUGCAAGUCAUUAACAAAAACAUUGAAUAGUACUGGACUGAGGACAGACCUGUGGGACCCCACUUGAUACAUAUUCCUAGUCUGAUAUCAAAUCAUUGAUAACUACUCUUUGAAUACGGUCUUUUAACCAGUUGUGCACUCACUUUGUAGUAAUUUCAUCUAGACCCCAUUUUCCUAGUUUGCUUAUGAGAAUGUCAUGUGGCAAUGCAUCAAAAGCUUUGCUAGUCAAGAUUUAUUAUGUCUACUUCCUCCCUCCCAGCCACUAGGCCAGUAACCCUAUCAAAAAGGGAAAUUAAGUUGGUUUGGCAUGAUUUGUUGUUGACAAAUCCAUGCUGGCUGUCACUUAUCAUCCUAUUAUCCUCUAGGUGCUUACAAAUUGUUUGUUUAAUAAUUUGUUCCAUAUCUUUCUGGAUAUUGAAGUUAGGCUGAUUAGUCUUUCCCCCCUUUUUAAAGAUAAGUGCUAUGUUCACCCUUCUCCAGUCUUCUGGGACCGCACCCAUUCUCCGUGAGUUCUCAAAGAUAAUUCUAACAGUUCAGAGAUUGCUUCAGCUUGUUCCUUAAAUUACUUCAGCUAUUUCCUUAAGUACCCUAGGGUGAAUUUCACCAGACCCUGGCAACUUGAAUACUUCAUCUAUCUUAUCUAAAUGUUCUUUAACCCAUUUUCCCCUAUUCUGGCUUGUGUUCCUUCCCCCUUGUAAAUAUUAACAGUUUUAAUCACCUGGUCACAGUCCACCAUUUUAAGGAAGACUGAAGCAAAAAUGGCAUUAAACACUUCAGCCUUUUAUGUGUCAUCCAUUAUUGCUCUUUUUUGCCAUUGAAUACUGGACCUGCCCUUUCUACCUUCUUACUCUUCUAAUGUAUUUACAGAACUUCUUAUUGCCCUUUAUGUCUCUUGCUAGGUGUAACUCAUUUUGUGUCUUAGUCUUUCUGAUUUUGUCCCUACAUGCUUAUGCUAUUCUUUUGUACUAAUCUGUAGCAAUUUGUCCUUGUUUCUCCUUUUUGUACCAUUCCUUUUUGAUUUUCAGGUUAUUAAAUAACUCCUGAUGCAGCUAUGUUGGUAUCUUACUAUUCUACCUAGAGGUUGCUGUUGAGUCUUUAAUAUUGUCUCUUUUAGAAACUGCCUCUAUAACUCCUUUUUCCCUUAGAUUUCCUUCCAGUGGGACCUUACCUAUCAAUUCUCUGAGUUAUUGAAAUUUGCUUUUUUUGAAGUGCAUUGUCUGUGUUCUGUAGCUCUCACUCCUUCCUGCCCCUAGAAUCACAAAAUAUGUCAUGUUCACUUUCACACAAGUUGCCUUCCACCUUCAGAUUCUAACCAGUUCCUCCCUGAACAUAAAAACAUAAGAAUGGCCAUAUCAGGUCAGGCCAAUGGUCCAUCUAGCCUAGUAUUUUGUCUUCUGACAGUGGCCUGUGCCAAAUACUUCAGAGGGAAUGAACAGAACAGGGCAGUUUUAGAGGGAUCCACCCCCGUCAUCCAGCCACAGCAUCUAGCAGUUAGUUUUAGGGACACCCAGAGCAUGGGGUUUCCGUCCCUGCCCAUCUUGGCUAAUAGCCAUUGAUGGACCUAUCUUCCAUGAACUUAUCUAGUUCUUUAUUGAACCCAGUUACAGUUCUGGCCUUCACAACAUCCUCUGGCAAAGAGUUCUUCACACAACACACACGGAGCAUGUGGAAGUACUUCCUUAUGUUGUUUUCAACCUGUUGCCUAUUAAUUUCAUUGGGUGACCCCUGGUUCUUGUGUUAUGUGAACAAGUAAAAAAUACUUCCCUAUUCAUUUUCUCUACACCAGUCGUCAUUUUAUUUAUAUCUAUCACAUCUUCCCUCAGUCGUCUCUUUUCCAAGCUGCACUAUCCCAGUCUUUUUAAUCGCUCCUCGGAUGGAAGCUGUUCCAUUCCCCUAAUCAUUUUUGUUGCCCUUCUCUGUAAUUUUGUCAAUAAUCUUUUUUGAGAUGGGGUGAUCUGAACUGCACAGGGUACUGACGGUGUGGGCAUACCAUGGAUUUAUAUAGUGGCAUUAUGAUAUUUUCUGUCUUAUCUAUCCCUUUCCUGAUGGUUCCUAACAUUCUGUUAGCUUUUAAAGCUCCUUCCCAUUGCCUGAGCUAUGAAUAGAGGCUUUGGUGUCUGUGAGACUCAGACCUUUUGUUUUAACGCCUGUAUGAUAUGAGUUCCAGGGUCUCAGCCCUGUCUCUAGCAGCUCAGGUAUUUACAUCAAAAAAACACCACCAGCAUCAAGAUCAGAACUAGCUGGUCCCCUGGGAGGUGUCAGUGUCAUCUGGGAGGUGAAGUCUUUUAUGGGGAAGAAACUGAACUUCUGUCUUCUUCCUGGAACCGAUUCCUGCAGACCAGGAGAGAAGAGAGAGAGUGUGUAUGUGUGUGUGUGAGAGAGAGAAAGAGAAUGAGUGGUUGUGUGUGUGAGCGUAAGAGUGUGUGUGUGUGUGUGCGUGUAUGCAUGUGUGUGAGAGUGGUUUGUGUGUGUAUAUGCAUGCGUGUGUGCAUAUACAUGUGUAUGUGCAGCGCACGUGUGUGAACGAGUGUGAGUUGUGUGUCUGCUUGUGAGUGUGCAGGUGUGUGGGGGUGAGAGAGAGAGAGCAUGCAGGUGUGUGUGUGUGUGCGCGCACAGUGUGGACUGCACUACCAGUGCUGUGCAUCACACAGGACCGCUGAGCCUGGCUCCUCUCCCCAGCACUGAUCCCCCAUCUCUCUCUCAUACAGUUGGUUGGAUCCGACACGGAUCCAGCAGAUCCCCAUGGGCUGAUACAUUUAGAAAAGGGGGGUUGUCGCUCCUGCUUUCCUGUGUAAAUAGCCCCUCCCCCCAGUUAAUGUCACUGUCUCUCUGUGCUGGCCCCCCCAGCUCAUCCGUGACACACAGAACAUGGAUUGUCAUUAACAAAACCUUUAAACCAAACAUCACCCCCAGCUCCAGUUUGUCUUGGUGUUGGAGCUGAGCUGAUGAGAGGCAAGAGCCAGGAGCUGGCGAUUCCCUGGUUCUGCAGCUGGAGGCAAAGUGCCCAGGGGUGGGUUACAUUCCCUUCAGUCCAUCCAUUGUUACCCUGCUCCCCACAUCACAACCAGCCCAUUAAUUGACAUCUCUGCCCCAGAAUGGAGAGCUGGGCGCUGCCGUGGUUCUGCUCCCCUGGCUCCGACUACCUGGGCCUCAGUCUCCAGAGUCUGUUCCUCCCCUGGAGCUUGGGUCAGUUCAGGGGACUCACAGCUGCACCAGCAGAGUCCUGGAGCCCAGGGGGUGUGUGGGAGGCUGCUCAGAGGUAGAGCAACUUCUCCCAGGGAGGCUGGGUGCAUGGACCCUCCCGGCUGGGCUGCAUGUCUCCUCCUUGGCAGUGUCUCCAGAGCAGAGGGAUAAAGACAAAUCAAGGCUUCCCUGACAUCAUGCAGCCUUAGAGGCCUGGGCAUGUCCUAGCCAGACUCUGGCCCUGACUUUUGACUGGGCAUUUGUAGCCCCUUUGGGAGCAUUUGCUUUUCUUCAUAAGAAACCUGCAGUGAUGCAAGAUGAGUGGUGGCAGCUGCCCACUCAGACAUUACCUGUGAUGGUCCCUCUCUGGGCUUGCCCAGCACAUCUCUAUUGGCCUAGGCUAGGAGCAGCUACAGCAGAGCUCCUUUCAGCCUAAGCAGAUCCACCAACACAUGGCAGGGCCAGUCUGAGGAGGGCAGAGCCGCAGGGAGUCCAUUUGCUGAGACUGUGUGGCGCCUAGAACCUCAGCAUGCAGGAAGGGGCGCUAUGCAUCUGGAGCUCACUGGGCUGCAGAAUGACCCUGGUGAGCAGCACUCUUGGAAGGAUUGGCACUAUCAGCUUCUGUCCCCCAAAAACGCCUGCAGCAUUUCCAGGUGGAUACAGGGCUCUCCUUUGUGUUCUGUCCAAAGUGCUGGGCUUCGGGGCUGUGCAGCGUUUAGCAGAACUGCUGGCCAGCAGUGCGGGAAGGAGGCUGAUACUUCACAGAACUGGCUGAAAGCAGCGGUUCUGCAGAGUUAGCUGUUUUCUCUGUGAGCAAAUUCUCUGCCACCGGGUGACAAUUUCUAAGAAAAUGUUUAUUAUUUGAAAUGGUUAGAGUAGUUUUUAUGAACAUAUUUGAAAUUGGGAUUGUUCGCAAAAUGUAGAAGUUUUCCAUCAGUUAUUCAGUAGUUGUGAUUUCCUGCUUUGAGCUGUGCCAUUUGUCUGUCUGGAUCAUCUAUCUGUCUAUGGCCCUUGUCACCAUAGUGUAUGAGUACCUCCACAGUGUUUCAAUAUAGAGGUAUGGAAUAUCCCGUGGUACAGAUUCUGCUCCCUGAUUGGCAGACUGACUUGACUUUUAUAAACUGCUUCCAUCCACUAUUCAUUUUAUUUCAUUGCAAAACAAAUUUUGUUCGUUCCUCGAACAAAUCUCAGCUAAAGGCUUCUGGCUAUGAACACUGGUUUGGGCAAAGCUCUAUUUGGAGAACUGUUCACAAAUAACAGGGCAUGAACAAAACAAUUUGAAAGCUGGUCUUCAAAGUUCGAGGAACUGUUCGCCUGGUUUUUACACUACUCAGUCUGCUUUAGUCUAAUUAAAGAUGCUAUUCAUUAUUUUGGGUCAAAAUAAAAUACACAGGUGAAGUAUAGUUGAAUGCACUGGAAAGGCACAUGUGUCUAAUGAAACUUGGCCUGUAUUGCAACAAAACUCCAGCUUGUGGGGGCUGCAAGAGCUACUGAGCUGAAGACAUCAGAACAGGAAUUGUCAGACUGGCUCUUACACCUGGUCCCUCCAGCUCGGUCUCCCAUCUCCAACAGUGGCCAGAACUAGACACUUAACAGGAAGGUGCCAGAAACUGUGCAGUGGGCAGUUAUGGAAUAGCCUGCCCAUAGGAGAGGUUUUCUCUGGGAGCCACCGGAGUUCACAUCACUGUCUGCAGAAGCAUCUUCUCUGUGCAGACUUCUUUGGCUCUCUCUCAUGGCGAGUGAUAAUGAAACUGCUUAUAAGGAAAUCAAGCUGUGGAAAAUAUGGUUUUGUUAGAAGUAGGUUCCUCUCACCGAGAGAGAGAGAGUGCAGAACAUACAAUGCUGUGGUGUGGGAUACAUGUCGUGGCUGGGCUUUCCAAAGGGGCACUGUUUUAGGGUGACUGAUACAAAAGGUGAAGGAAUACAGCCGAGCAGAGACAGAACACAUUCUGCAUUUCAGUAGGCAGACAAAUUGCUUUGGUAAAAGUUAUAUCAAUUUUCUUUUUUCAUCAGUUCAACCCAUUUGCCCCAUCUUCCCUUGGAGAGUUCACGGAUAAUCUCACACGGACAGUGAGACUCUCCAUGGCUCUUCUGAUCAUUCCUCUUUCCACAGACACCAUUUUGUUCUGCACCCCUUGGCAGCAGUGACAAGAAUCUUAAAUAGGCUCCUGCCUUUGUGUCAUUUCAGCAACCCUGAACCUUUCCUUGACACCAGAGUGUUAGAGAUUUUGGGAAUGUGUUUCUGAAAUAACUUGUGCAUCAAUUCUCCAACAUCGGACCAGAAGCUUUUUGACUUGAGGCGAUCCCAGAUGAUACAGAGACACUCCCCUACAUUCUGGUGUCCCCUCCAGCGUUUGGAUCAGAACUCUGUCUCUGUUUUGUUUUGUAUUGUUUUGUGUGAAAAUAUCAUUUCUACAGAAGGAGAAGCAUGCUCUAUUUCUAGUAGCACAGCAUUAUAGCCUUCCAAUUAUCUAGGGAAAUUUGCUAGGUCAUUUCCUUUCCCCAAUCUAAUCUCCCAUUAUCAUGUCUCUGUAACUAUGUAGGAACUAGUUCAGACAAUGUCGCUAUUUGAUUUUGUUUUCAUUUAACCAGAGAUCUGAUUAUCUUGUAAUUUCCUUAUAUGGAUUUUCUACUGGGGAGAAAUCUACUUUUAUCAGUCUCCAGUUCUUAUGUUUUUGUAAAUAAUAUCUUAAUUGUAACACAAAAGACCUGUCUUUUGACUUAUAUUGCUCUUAAAAACAGUCUUGUAAAC